AUGCAUCGAUAUCAUGAACGAGUGGUACGAGCAGAUCGCCACUCUGGCCAUCUUGGCAUCAUACGUCACGGCUUUGCAGGGGGCGGAUCUAGUUAUCACGGCACCGAGUCGUACUCGGUCGCGGAAUCGAUGGGGGCGACGUGGGUUCCGCUAUACCUUGGUCACAGGCACCUCCCAACGGCUGAGUUUCCCCAGUGGUUGCUGGAAGAUUACAUGGGCAACUGGUUUGGCUUUUUGAACAAACGGACACAUUCAUUCGUGAGGGGCCAAGCUUGGGACAAGCAGCAUGUGCAUAUCAACGAAUGGCGUCAAAAUUCGCUUCACCUGCUCCCCAUCGCGUCGUGUUACGGCAUGUUAGACUCGUUGCUCAGCAACAACAUCAUUGUGUUUUAUCACGCUUGCUCGUUGCUACUCGCGGGCCCCCGACGUCGCGGAUCCUUGGAAUAUGCCCCCAGUAAGGUCGUGUACAUCGGAUUUCUCGUCCCCACAACUCCACUGCCUAAACCCCAGCCAUGGAAAGAGCGCAUUUUUGGACAAGAGCAGGUCAACCCCAGUCAUUUCCAUUGGGUUCGGAAGGAUACGCUGGGCCCACUUGCGCUGCUCCAAUUAGCAGUCGACGUGUGCAAAAUCGCCAACUACCGCUGUGUGUUGGCUGCGGGAUGGACUUCCAUGGCUCAACCUGGCUGCAACGAGCUCGCAGCCAACCAUUCGGACUUGGUUACGUAG